AUGAAGAUCCAAAACUCUCUGACAGCCCUCGUGGCCGCUUCAACCUUUGCGCAGGCGAUGCGCUUUCCAAUGCAUAAUGUAAGGGACGUGGAAGGCCUUGAAGGUGGUGGUAAUCCACCGCCACCACACCUGGCAGAUGGUGGUCCUGGCCCGAAGCAUCUUGAUGAUGAUGAGCACCGGGACGAUAUCGAUCGCAAUGGAGACGGCAACACUUUACCAGCACAUCUCGAAGAUGAUGAACACCGUGACGAUGAUGAACACCGCGAAAACGACGUCGAUCGAAAUGGUGACGGAGACACUUUGCCAGAGCAUCUCGAGGAUGACGAGAAGAUGGCGAAGAUCAAAACGGGGAUGGCAACAACCUGCCAGGCCAUCUCGAAGACGGAAACACUGCUGUGCCAUCGUACAACACCAACGGCGAAACAGGCCAGCAAUCGGACAAUCUCGACAAUACUCCAUAUGCCAGUGUCGCUCAAGUCGACGGCGAUUCGCAACGGCGAUGGCAACGACAAUAAUGAUGAUGGUCCAGAUGGAGAUGGAGAUGGAGAUGGUCCGGAUGGCUAUCGCAAUGCUGCUGGUGCCAACACCUUCCCCAUGUUGGGUGGCCUGGCAGGAGUCUCGGUGGCGGUGCUGUUGGCGCUGUGA